GAAUAUUGAUAAACAAAUAUGGAACUUUAUAAUGACUUUUUACCAAUGCACUAUUUAGAGUGUACUUGUAUAAUGUGUGUCUUUAAUAGAUAAAGAUCCUAAUUUCUUUUAGUUUAAUUACUAAUGUAGGAGUAGACCCCAAUGAUCCUAGGGGAUUGAGAGUAACGUCUACAGGGAUUUGUGUCCCCCCCAUAAUAUAAACAGCUAUAAACCAUCAUUAAAUUCGAUUUUCGCUCUAGAUUUACAGUUUUAAAAGCUAUUUGGGACUGCACCUAGAGUGAAACGUUUGCAAGUACUGUUUCCAACGAUUGGUUGGUAACUUGAUUUUUGAUUGGCUGAAAAAAAAUAACAACCAAUGGUGACAUGGUAUCUGAAGCUGACCAAUUAUGAAAUAGUAUGUGCCGGUGAGGACACCAUUGUUUCUUGUAUCAAAUAGGAAGUCAGACGGGAAAAGCUACUCAUUUGCAUACGUUCCCUAUAAAUAGAGGGGUAGCUGUGAUAUCACUAUACUAUUGUUCUUGAACUAUACUGUAAACGUAAACCGCUACUAUGCCAGAGCCAGCAAAAUCUGCUCCUGCCCCUAAAAAGGGUUCUAAGAAAGCUGUGACCAAGACUCAGAAGAAAGGAGAUAAGAAAAGAAGAAAGACUAGAAAGGAGAGUUACUCUAUCUACGUGUACAAGGUAUUGAAACAAGUUCAUCCUGACACCGGUAUCUCCUCUAAGGCCAUGGGGAUCAUGAACUCCUUUGUAAACGACAUCUUUGAGCGUAUCGCUGGGGAAGCCUCUCGUUUGGCGCAUUACAACAAGCGUUCAACCAUCACUUCCCGGGAAAUCCAGACCGCUGUGCGCCUGCUUCUGCCGGGGGAGUUGGCCAAACAUGCUGUGUCUGAGGGUACCAAAGCCGUCACCAAGUACACCAGCUCCAAUAUAUCCGCCACCGAAUCAUCCCCACUUUAUAGCCUGGUGAAGAGGAAAGAGGGUAUUUUCAUUCAGUAGAGUUUCCCGUUGAAGAAACAAAAGAUGCCAUACCACGGCAAGCAUGUAGCCCGCUCAGCUCACCAUCACUGCUGCUGUUGUGAGCAUGGUAAACACCUCAUGCAUUAUCCUUGAGUAUAUGCAGAACUGGGCUAAGAUACGCCAGCACAAGGAAGAUUUUGAUGAGGACAUGGACACAGAUCUUCCUGAAAGCACGGGCUGUGGUAAUUGGGACAUCAUGGUCACAAUGGGGCUGGUUGAUACAGUGGAAUGCCAAUUCUGAGCCAGGCAAACAAGCACAGACUGGUGGGAUCACAUAGUGUUGUGGGUAUGGGAUGAUUCACAGUGGCUGUGAAACUUUCACAUGCAAAAGGCCACUUUCCUGGAACUCUGUGAGUUGCUUUCCCCCACCCUGAAGCACAAGAAUACCAAGAUGAGAGCUGCCCUGACAGUUGAGAAGCGAGUAGCGAUAGCUCUAUGGAAGCUUGCAACACCUGACUGCCCGGUAUCAAUUUGGAGUGGGUAAGUCUACUGUGGGGGAUGCUGUGAUCCAAGCAGCCAAUGCAAUCGUUGAUGUUCUAUUAUCAAGGGUAGUGACUUUGGGAAAUAUGCAGGUCAUAGUGGAUGGCUUUGCUGCAAUGGGGUUCCCUAACUGUGGUGGGGCAAUAGAUGGAACGCAUAUCCUCAUCUUGGCACUGGACCAUCUUGCCAACCAGUACAUAAACUGGAAGGGGUACUUAAUGGUGCUGCAAGCACUGGUGGAUCACAAGGGGCGUUUCACUGACAUCAAUGUGGGAGGGCCGGGAAAGGUGUACG